GUGCUGGAAGAGUACCUCACGCUGCAGAUAUACAUUAUAUGUGGGAAGAUGUCUCCAAUUCUGAUCUUAGCAAAUUUCCUGAGGAAGAUGUAUUAACGCUCCACCGUUUCGUUAGGAUGUGGACCAACUUCAUAAAAUAUUUAAAUCCAACACCAGAGAAAGAUCCACUCUUGGAUAAUUUCCUAUGGCCUACAACAAAUAGUAAUAAUCUGCUCUAUUUCAACUUCAACGACACUCUAGAAGUGAGGGAAUAUCCUAGGCAAUACAAAAAUGUCAAGGCAAUUUUAGACAAUUACAUGAUACCUCCAUAUGACUACUACUAAAAAUAAAUUAUGAUACUCUGAAAUGAAAAAUAUACAUCUUUACAGUUGUUCUCCAAACCACCUAUCAUUGUAAUGACCCAACACUUACUACAUCGAUUGCAAACACACAUUUCACUGUUCUGAAACAUGUUUUGUAGAUGCUUGGCAGUUUAUUUGCAUAGGUUCAAUUCAAUAUAAAAAUAUUCGUUUGACAUUAA